CCGCCCUGGUGUGGCGGGCAGAGCCGGGGGAGAGCGGCCGCACCGCGCGAGCCGCUCGACGCGUCUGCGCGGGGAGGGGAGUGUGGGGAGCGGCUCGGCGGCAGCUGCCGCCACGAGACGAGCCAGUCGCGUGCGAUGGCCGCUCCGGAGGAGGAGUACGCGGUCGACGUGAGCUCGCGGCUGCCGCGCCGGGGCAGCCGCGGCGACCAGUCCGGUGAUGGCUAUUACGUGCAGCUUGACAAGGGAAUUGACUCGGACCUGGAGGAGCUGGCGGCGCCCUCGGCCGGCUCGGACACCGCUCAGACGCCCAGUGUGGACAGCCUGGACACGGCCUCCAGUGACAACACAGAGGCGACCAUGCGGCUCAACGAGGACGCCGUACCGCCGCCGCCGCCGACCCCUCCGCCGCCGCGAGUGUCUCCCCCUCCGCCGCGACCGGCAACGCCGCCGAAACAGAGGCGGGGGUCGACCCCGCCACCGCCGCCGCCGCCGCCGCCGCCGACAUCGCCGCCUGCCGCCCUGGCGCUGCCGCCACUGCCAGUCAAGUCGGGAAGCUUCCCUCAGCUGCAUUCCCGGACCUCGCCCGAACGGGUGGAGGUGACAGCCCCCGCGUACCCACCGCCAUCGCCGCCGGCACCGGCCCCCUCACCGGCCCCCGGUCCCUCGCAGGGCCGCGCCCUGGCCGAGGGACCGGGACCGGGGCUAGGACCAGGACCGGGACCAGGACCACCACCCGGACCACCGCGAGUCCCCGUCUCCAUCAUGCACACUGAUCGUCGUGAUAGUCACGCCACGGAGGAGUUUCUGGCCAGCUGCGCGGACGGCGACUCGGACGACCUGGACGAGAUCGCGCCCUGUCUGGACGACGACAAUGACCUGGCGUCGGUGCACACCAAAAGCAUGAAACAACAGAGCUGUGAGUCGCUGAUGCUGGUACUGAGUGCGCUCUACUGUAAGCUGCUGGUGGUGAUCGGUCUCGCCUUCCCCCUCUCCGAGGUCAUAUCGCCGGAAAUACCGCCGUUCUAUUACAAUGCAUUCUACAUAUUCUUGUACAGCGUCAGCAUUCUGUUCCUGUUGUACGUAUACAUGUUCCUCAUGCGAGACCUGUCUGGGUCCUCAUCGUCGCCGGGCUCUUCAAAGCUGUCCAAGCUCUCCAGUGCCAGCGUCUCUAGGCUCAGCCCGAGAGGCGGACGGGUGGCAAAGAAAAGUGACGAUAAAUCGCGUAAAGACCGACUGCUGCGCCCGGAGGCUUCACAGCGGGACAAGCUGGGCCGUGACCUGGACUCCAUCAGUCAGACCAGCCGCGCCUCCCAGAGAAAACCGUACCAGGUGCUGGUGGCCAACUACGGCAGCUUCUACCUCCGCAUGGGAGCUGUCCUGUUCGGAAUCGGCAGUAUGAUCUACUGUGGCCUCUCGAUGGGCCAGUAUUUCGAGAUGCCUGCCCUGGACGAGUGCACCAACAUUCUGGUGGUGGUUACCCCCGGACUACGGCUAGCCUUCACUUUUGUCCAGAUGUACUUCAUUUUCCUCAACGCCAGUAUGUGUGUGAACCAGCACAAGCUGGUGGCGCGGUUCGGCCUGAUGCACAUGGUGGGCACCAACCUCUGUGUCUGGCUGAACGUGGUGAUUGAGGAGACGAAGCAUGAGCUGGUGCACCUGCUGCACAAGCUGGAUCAUGACGCCGACUCACUGCGAAUUCCCGGGGGACUGGACGACAGCAAUGAGUUGGCAUCCUCGUCCUCCGAGAGCGCUGAAGUGAGCUCCGAGACGGCCACGCUGCUGGAGGACCUGGGUCACUUCAGGUCGACCCUGGACGGCACCUCGCUCACCAAGUGUAUGCGCUCCGACAUCAUGGGUCAGCUGGUGAACUCGGCGGCCCCGUUCCUCUUCCCCUGUACUAUCGAGUACUCGCUCAUCUGCGCGGCCACGCUUUACGUCAUGUGGAAGAACCUCAACAAGCUGAACACGGUCUGUGUGGUGCCCGACCUCAGCCUCUCGGUGGUGACCGAUAAGCUGAAGAAACAUCAGUAUUCAGUCGAUUGUGCAAGGGCUUCCAAGGGUCUGUUUCUGGGAAUACUGGUGUUCGUCGCCUCGGUCAUCUCUCUGAUUCUAUUCUUCGUGCUCAUCAACAACGGUGCCACUCGCUCGGUGGCUAUCAUGAGUGCCAGCAUGACGGAGCUGGUGCUGUACAGCGUCACCGUCCUGGCCACGCUGGUCGGCAUGAUACAGAUCCAGCGACUCAGGUACGAUUCGGAGCGAAACAUCGAGCUGGACAACAUCCUAUUGGUGGUGGCGCAGACGGGCGUCUACCUGUACGCCUCCUUCAACAUCAUCGGCUCCCACUUCUCCGGCGACCUGUACCAGCUCAUCACCGGCAUCAUGUCCAUAGUGCAGGUGACGAUGCAGACGAUGUUCAUUUUGGACGCCUCGUGUCGCCAGGCCAGCCGAAGUAGUCAGGUGCGGCACAAGCCCGGGAGAGAGGUGGUAACGUUCCUCCUCAUCUGCAACCUGGCCAUGUGGUGUAUCAACACGUUCGAGACCUCGCGCUCGGACGCCCACCCUAAGCAGUUGCACUUCUUCGGCUUCUGGGCGUGGACCAUCAUCAGCCACGUGUCGAUGCCUCUGGCCAUAUUCUACCGCUUCCACUGCACCGUGUGUCUGUGCGAGAUCUGGAAACGCGCCUACAAAUACAAACCCGACUCUGUGUAACUGCAUUCCACCAGUAUCGGUAGAAUGACGUCAAGUGGAGCGAGAUGUUUCUACUUCUUCCGGUGAGUUCGGUGUGUUUUACGGAGAGUUUCUCCGACAUUGGAGAUAUUUGGUUGUUUAGUAGUCAUGUGUGAGCUGUGUAAGGUGCCAACGAUGCAACUAUGGCCUAGGAGGAUAGGAGGGUAAGUACUCUGGAGGCGUCUUAGUCAAGUCGGCUUGGUUCUCGGUGGUGCUGCGUAAUUAUUUGUACCAUCGAAGGUUGUGUUUUUUACAGCUCUUUCGUAUCAAUUCGAAAAUAAGACGCUUGCAACGAUGUUGGAGAAUCUCUGAUUGUUUUACAAAUUAAAACAAAAGCUUUUUUGAAGUGCAUCCCCCUAAAUUGAUUUCAUGCUUGGAAAAAGCAUUGAUCUUGUAAUGUAAUAAUUGUCCUCGUCAAAGCUGUAUUAACGUGCAGUCGGCCACGGUCUUUGAAGCCACUAUAACUAUAGUUCGUUUUUCUUAAGUUCGACCCUCACUGUACUGGCUAGCGCACAUUGAUUUCACAGACGAUUAAUUUUACUCAAAAUUAUUUCUCCCUGGCUCUUAUUUUCCAGACUGCUAGCUCGUAGUUGCCUUUAUAUACAACCCCACAGGGAUAGACGUCUUGUCAGAAAUUAUAAAUGAACUGACCAAUAGAUCAACGGCGUUUAACAGAACGGUAUAUCAUCGGUGUUAAAAAUCUUAUUUGGAAAAUAUUAUUCAUGUCUCCAGUACAAUGUGCGCUAACCAGUUUUCUAAGUAAUUCAGAUAGCAAUUCUCGUGCUAUGUUCAAAAAGAUGUUUACAGUGAGGGUCGAACUUAGAAAAAACGAACUAUACCUUUAUACUUUGAAGCUACUAAUAUAUAUAUUUCACCUAAGAAAUGACGAUCCACAGUGGAAAUCGGACGAUAAUUUGUCGAGACCAACAGCGUUGACUGAUAUUCAACCUAUUUGAUAUUGUGCCAUAUCGUUAGUACCCUAAGUCAAAAGGGUUUGAUAUCAUCCCUGCAUGUGGCAGGUGACAUACGUAUUUGAAAGGCCUGAAUUAGGCCUAUCUGGUCGACAGUUGUGUCAGCCUGGGCAUUGUGGCAUUCUGUAUAAAGUGGGAGAAAUCGGCGCAUUUUGUCAUUCACCUGUGUCGUGGAGAGAGAUGACUUGCUUAUCCACAAUGUUCCGUGUUGUGAUGUUGUAUGUUCCAUGUACCUAUUGUGGCACGAUAUUUAUGGCCGCUAUGAGAUCAGUGCCCGAAUGAUAUUCGAGCCCUCUAGCCGAUCAGAACUAUAUGCGUGUAGGAACGUGUAGAUUUUGUACGAUUUCUGACGGACUUAUGUGUGCGUUGACGGCCCUCAGUCACAUUAUUUCCGGAAUAGUAUGAGGUAUUGCUGUAAUCUUCACAUGAAUCGCAUCUGGUUUUCCUUUGUAAUCGUUCUGCGAUCUUACGUCGUCUCUGGUAAGCUGUCUACACUACAUAUCGGUUACAAAAGCUGUUUUGCUUUACGGAAUUCCAUCGUUUGAGUAAAUGACCGUAUCGUUACCCAGUAGCUCAUAAGUGUACUGUGAAACCACGUAUUUAUAUGUGCCACCCCUGCCAUGCCCGUAUGUACUGCAGCAGCAGUAACGCCUUCUAUGUAUAGUUCAAAUAUACUCCCUCUUUGUACAUUUA